AUGACUAUCUUUGUCCAAAUCAGGCCUCCAAAUACCAUCUCAGGUCCAAAUACUCAGUCCUGUGGAACGGACCGAUACUGUAGUGUUUCUGGUUCAAAGUUCACGACAGGUCUUUGCGGCACCUGGCUCGGACAAGAGAAUUACUGCUGCACAGUCACUGAUCUCGGUCUCCCUGGCGCCCCUUACAACAACAGCUGCGGUACGAUUUCCGGAAUCCAUGACGCUUCAUUCUCUUCCUUCGGUACAGGCUCAGUAGGAGCUAAAUCCUGCCCAACGGGCGAAACAAGUGUUUCUAACGCCGUUGGUGGUGACGAUGAACAAUGUUGCCCCUAUCAAGACUACGAUAGGAUCGACCAGGAUAUAGCGGCCGUAUACUUUUAUCAAGCAACGGGGGAGGGAUCAUUUAGUUCCAAUUUGACUGGCAUAAGAUGCUUGAACUUGACCUCACAGGGCAGAGUCAACGAUGACGGAAGUUCGAGCUAUAGUGGUACUAAAAGCGGCGGCGGCGGUUCUAAUUCCGGUGACUCAAGCUCUGGCGGAUCGGGUUCUACCGCAAAACCAAAUGGUGGUGGGAUUUUGACAGUGCCUAACUUUAUUCUCGGGGGGGUUCUAGUGACAAUGGGUCUCGAUCUCGCAGCGCAACUUCAGAUCUAA